UUUCCGGGGCACGAGCUGGAGGAACGAAUACAGAGGAAGCAUGUAAAAAACGAUAUGGGAUGUACCUAGCAUGUUGCAGUAGGCGAGAAACAAUUUACGGCAGAAGGAACAUGGCGGAAGAUGAAAAAAUAUUGAACGCUCUGGAGCUUAGCAAGAGAUGGAAGGAGGCGUCAGACAGUGGCACAGCCAUCCUGUGUCAUUUGAUGGAGGAGGUACCACAAGUCUACUGCCUGGAGGCGGAGCCACGACCACCGGAAGAGGAGCUACUAGCGCAGCAGCGACUGUUAUUACCGCUGGAGUGUUUCCUGUUUGGGGAAGACCCUCGUGUUGGCGUGGAGAAACUCCAGCAGAGAGGAGGGACAGCUUCACAGCUAUGUGGGAGAGUCUUCAAGGAGGGAGAGACUGUCUACUCGUGCAGAGACUGUGCCAUUGACCCCACAUGUGUGCUCUGUAUGGACUGUUUCCAGAACAGCACACACAAAGGGCAUCGCUACAAGAUGCAUGCCUCAUCAGGUGGUGGCUUCUGUGACUGCGGUGACCUGGAAGCCUGGAAGACUGGCCCCUGCUGCUCCAAACACGACACUGGAGCAUCUAUCCCCAUGGAAACGGAAGAGUGUGUGCUGGAGACAGAUCUCCAACAGCGUGCUCAGCUGCUCUUCCAGGUGCUGCUGAACUACUGCACGGAUCUGCUGGUAUGGGAGGAGAGCCAGGAGCUGUCCACAGAGCUCCAGCCAAGGGUGAAGGAGAACAUGUACCUCUGUGUACUGUACAAUGACGAGCACCACUCCUACGACCAUGUGAUCUACACCCUCCAGCGCUCGAUCAACUGUGACCACAACGAGGCCCAAACACACACUGCUCUUAUUGAUAAGGAGGGGCGCAGGGCAGUGAAGAGAGGAACUCUGAGGACCUGCCAACAAGCCAAAGAUCUUAUUAGAUCCAACUCCGAGCACAUCUCCCUCCAGCCUCUCCGUGUGGAGAUCCUACACACAGCAGUCAUGGCCCAUCAAAGUUUGGCCUUGCGACUGGGCGUCUGGUUCCAGCAGGUCAUUGGAUACUCUGUGGGUCUCAGGCAGGUGUUCUGUCAGGUGGCCCUGCAGCCUUCAGCUGAUGGGGACCGGCCCAGUCCAAUCUGCCGGCUCAUGCUGCACGAUGCUCGUCUCUACAAAGGCGCUCGAAAAAUCAUCCAUGAACUGAUCUUCUGUAGCCUUCUGAUGGAGACUGAAUACAAGAGGCAGUUUGCUUUGGAAUUCACAAAGCUAUAUCAGCAGCUUCAGAAAGACUUCAUAAGUGAUGAUCAUGAGAGAAACAUAUCCAUCACAGCGCUGUCUGUGCAGAUCUUCACAGUACCAACGCUGGCCAGGCAGUUGAUAGAAGAUGGAAACGUGAUAACCGUGAUCAUAAACACCGUGAUGGAAAUGCUAAGGGAGCAUCUGGACUUCAACAAUCGGUUCCAUUUUCAAGGCUACAACUCUGACAAGUUCUUCCGAGUCCAGGUCAUCUUCCAUGACCUAAGGUACAUCCUGAUCAGCAAGCCUUCGGUGUGGACGGACGAGCUGAGGACCCAUUUUUUUAAUGGUUUCAAAGUCUUUCUAGACCUCCUUAACUGCAUGCAGGGCAUGGAGGAGGUGAAGAGGCAGUUUGGACAGCACAUUGAGGUGGAGCCGGAGUGGGAGGCCGGGUUCUCCAUUCAGAUCCAGUUGCACCACAUUCUGUCCAUGUUCCAGGACUGGUGCACGUCUGACGAGAUGGUUCUCCUCAUGGCGUUUAAAGAAUGCCACAGAUUCUUCAUGCGCUGCACCAACCAGCCUCUCCACAGUGAACCGGUAGAUGCGUACAUGUGUAAGCAUAUAUUCCAUCACCGGCCCUACAAGGUGUCUCAGGAGCCAGUGAGCAUCCAUCUGCCCAUCUCUAGACUGUUAGCAGGUCUCUAUGUACACUUGUGCAGGACAGGAGCCCUAAAGCUUCUCCCUCAGUAUAUGGACCUAGAGAGUUUAGACUUCACCUUCUUGGCUGAACAUCCUCUACGCUGUGUGGUUCUGGCAGCUCAAGUGUCAGCGGAGAUGUGGCGCAGGAAUGGGCUCUCUCUUGUCAGCCAGGUAUACUACUAUCAAGAUGUGAAGUGCAGGGAAGAGAUGUAUGAUAAAGACGUCAUCAUUCUUCAGAUCGCGGCCUCCAAGAUGGACUCCAACCACUUCCUCAUGCUGAUCCUGUUGCGGUUUGAGCUCUUUGAUGUUUUCAAUGGCAGCUCAAGCAAAGAUCAAGAAAUCCUGCGACAGUGGAAUAAACUGACAGAGGAGAUGCUCUAUCUGCUUAUCGUCAUCGCUGGGGAGCGGUAUGUCCCGGGCAUCAGUGAUGUGAGCAGAGAGGAUGUUACCAUGAGGGAGGUGAUCCAUCUGCUCUGCAUCCAACCGAUGGCCCACAGCAGCCUCGUCAAGAGCCUGCCCGAGGAUGAAAGCCACGAGACUGGCCUGGAGACGGUCAUCACGAAGGUUUCCACUUUCAAGAAACCAGGGGUGUCGGGGCAUGGACUGUACGAGGUUAAAAAGGAAUGUCUACAAGAGUUCAACCCCUUCUUCUACCACUACACCAAGUCUCAAUUCAGCAAGGCUGAAGACACACAGAAGAAGAGAAGAGUGCAAGAAGGGAAUGAUAAAGCACUGAGGCCCCCAUACCGCCUCCCUUCACGGAAGCCUUCUCCAGAGUGGUGUGUCUCCUUGGCUGCGAUGUGUUCAUCCAUGUGCUCAGGCACGUGCUCCAGAGGGCGGUCGAGGACCGCGCCCCGCUGUGGACUGGCCCUUCACCUCAUAGCUCAGGCGCUUGUGGAGGAGAACUCCCAGCUGGAAGCUGCCAACGUGGAGGAUGUGACCUUUAACUUCAGCCUCAAGGCUCGCCAGAUAGGAUCCGAGCAAGGCAAGUCAUUGUUUCAUUUCCUAUCCAAAAUGAAAACACUGCCAUCUUUGGAGGCACAGAAGGACAUGAUAACAUGGACGUUGCAGAUGUUUGAAAUGGUGAAGUGCCUUCGUGAAAACUCCAGCCCCGCACCCUCUCAGAGUGUCGAGCAGGCGAAGCUAGAGGAGAGUGUACAAGAUAAGGAGAAGGCGGAGCGGAGGCGGAAGGCAGAAGCUGCUAAAAGGCACCGGCAGAAGGUCAUGGCCCAGAUGUCCGCCAUGCAGAAGAACUUCAUCGAGACGCACAAGAUGCUGUAUGACAACAUGCCAGACAGCGGGAACCAGGGCGACCCCACUACUGAGCUCUCGUCUGCCUGUGAGAGCAGUCCUAUGGAGCUCAGUGAGAGUCGUGUGGCCGUGGGCCCACAGCAAGGCAUGGGACUCUCAGAGAGGGAGUCUCUGACCUGCAUCCUAUGUCAAGAGGAGCAGGAGGUUGUUGCCGGUGGAGCCGCUAUGGUGCUGACCGCGUGUGUUCAGAGGUCCACGGUGCUCACCCAGAGCCAUGGCCGCAGCCUCUACACCCCAGAUGGCUGCUAUCCCCUCCUCAUGCCCCCUGACCUGGCUGUUGGGACACACACAGGCAGCUGUGGACAUGUCAUGCACGCCACCUGCUGGCAAAAGUAUUUUGAAGCGGUUCAGAACACCACGCGGAACCGCCUCCAUGCUGAGAUGAUCAUCGACCUGGAGAACGGGGAGUAUCUGUGUCCCCUCUGCAAGUCGCUCUGCAACACCGUGAUCCCUCUCAUCCCCCUGGAGCCCGCCUCGCUCAACUAUGAAAGCGCAGAGAUAGUGGGCCAGCUCCUCACUCUUCAGCGCUGGAUUCAGAUCAUCUUGGCUCGUAUUAAAGGACUCACUGUUAAAGCCCAGGAAGCCGAGGAGAGCAGCGAGAGUGCCACUGUGGCAGAGAUGGGCACGUUUGGAGACGACCCGGCCGAGUUCCGCUCCAUCCUCAGCUUUGGUGUGCAGGAGCCACGCAAAUUCUCCGAGAGCGUGUUGCAGAUGGUGCAGGUGUGUGCCACAACGGUUCACCGGGUAGGCCUGCAGGUACCGCCCAACGAGCAGUGUCCAGACGUGCCCAUUAUGGCAUGGAACACGUGCGCCUAUACCAUCCAGGCAACAGAAAACAUGUUGGUGGGGGAGGGAAAGGGCCUAUUUGGGUCCUUACAGAACAGACAACUGGCCGGCCUGAAGGCUGUGGUUCAGUUUGCUGCUGCCCAGAGGCGGAGGAGUUCCCAGGCGGUGAUCCAGAAGCAUUUUACAGACAUGCUAGCAGUGCUGGUGCCUAUCUCCAAUGUAGAGGGGUCAUCAUCCAUUCUGGAAAUGGACUUUUUCCACCUUUUGGUGGGUCUUGUUCUGUCAAUCCCUUCUUUGUAUCAGGAAGAGGCAGUUGACCUUCAGCCUUCUUCCAUAAGCACUGCCUAUAACCACUUACAUCUGCUGCACCUAGUCACCAUGGCCCAUGUGUUGCAAAUACUGCUGUCAUCACAAGAUCUUCCUGUUGGGAUGGAGGGCGAUAAGGACGCGGAGGCUGAAUCAGCAGCUGCUGUGUACUCAACUGUGGCCCAGUACACUGGAGGUUUAAGAACGGACAUUUCGGGCUGUUCUGUGGCAGACUGUGUGAGGAAAGGAGUCCUUCCCUUUCUGCGUUGUGCUGCGCUGUUGUUCAACUGCCUAACAGGAGUGGCCCCCCCAGAGGAGCUGUUGGACAAAGCAGUUACUCCAGAGGUCCAACUAGAGGCACUGUGUUGUUACCUUGCUCUGCCUUCUAACUUGUUCCAACUGUUCCACACCCACUUGGACACGGUCGAUCCCCUUCUGCAGAGGUGGUGUGGGAACCCAGCCCUUUCCAAAGCUUUAACUGCUCAAGUACCAGCUACCAGGUAUCCCAGGAAACGCAAUCGACUAAUCAAUCUUCCAGAGGAUUACAGUGUACUGCUCAACCAGGCCAGCCAAUUUAAGUGCCCCGUGUCUUCAGACGAUGACAGGAAGCACCCUACCCUGUGUCUCUUCUGUGGCGAUAUGCUGUGCUCUCAGAGCACCUGCUGUCAGAAGCAACUGGACGGAGAGAAUGUGGGUGCCUGCACUGCUCACGCUGCCACCUGUGGGGCCGGAGUGGGAUUGUUCCUGAGGGUGAGAGAGUGUGAGAUUGUUCUCAUGGCCAGCAAGACCAGAGGAAGCACAUAUCCAGCUCCAUAUCUGGAUGACUAUGGAGAGACCGAUCCUCAGCUUGGCCGUGGAAACCCCCUGCACUUGUGUCCGGAGCGCUACAGGAAGCUCCAUUAUCUGUGGCUGCAACACUGCGUCCCAGAGGAGAUCGCUCGGAGUCUGGAGGUGCUCAAUGUGAUGUUUGCCUUCGAGUGGCACUCGCUGUGAGAAUCAGCCAAAGUGGGACAGACAGACAGACAGACAGACAGACAGACAGACAGACAGACAGACAGACAGACAGACAGACAGACAGACAGACA